UUCAAAUUGACUUCACCUGUGUGGCGGUGACAGGGGAGAAGAGGCACGAAUACAGUAUGCUGUAAGAAAAGCAAGUUCUAUUGCACUUGCUCAUAAUUAUGAGGGGUGAGCGCAGCGCUCUCUGAUCACUUCCCCAUCUGGCAACAUGGCGGGAAUAGCCAACGGUGCCGAGGCCUCCGACUCUCCUUCAGCGAAUGCGUCCAAUCAAACAGAACCGAAACAAUCAGAGGCCCCUACGCCAGCUCCAAAGCCUAUACAGUUCCCUGGUGCGUUUGAAAGUCAAGAGUAUUCUGUCCUUAGCAAACUGUCCGUAGCUUUAAACAAGGGUGUCACACAUGAUGAGGGCAGCUUUAACAUAUGCUUCUGGAUCUACCUUGUCAAGAACACGGGAGCUGGGGUGGUCAUCCGGCAGGGCCGCCCCCGCGCCCUCUCCGCCAUUCCGUUCAUCACCUUGGACAAUGAGCGCAAGCUUACGCUCCACCCGCUCCCUCCCCCCCCUCUCACAAGCGCCCCUGCGGAUUUUUCCCUUUCAAGCAAUGCCACUCUGACCUCCGACAUUGCUUGCCCCCUUGAAAAAUGGAUCCACGUCGGGGCUGAGGUCGGACCAAACUUGGCGCGGCUCCAUAUCGAUACCGUAGUGGUGGCUCAGAAAGAGAUUCCGGCAGACGGGGGUGGCGUGGGGGGAGAUGCAGGCCCUGUGCUGCUGUCGGGGGGGGACGGCUCCCCCUCGGGGGGUUCCGUCCAGGCGUAUGCGCACUUCGUCAGGUUGUUGCGGACGCCGGAGGUGACCCAGCACUAUGUAAAGAACCCUCCGCUCGAGCUGACCUUGGACACGUCGGAGACCGGCGAGGGGGACGACAACGAGAUCGAGGUCUCGUCGGACGGCAUCUGGAGCGUGGUCGGCGGGAAGGCAUCAUGUCGGCGGAACUUCAACUUGGAGGUCGCUCUGAUGGACGCGCUGGGAAGGCCGGUCCACCGAGAGAUCGAUGUGCAAGCGGUGCUCAUCUAUGCGGACGACAAUUGCCGGGUCACUAAGCUGAAAGAGGACGCAGAGGUGCCGCUGUUGUCGACUGUUGACGGCGUCGAGUACCCAUCGACCGACGUGCCCGUGCGACUGAUCCACGGACGGGCGACCUUCAAGCUUAAGAUCUCACAACUCUCGUCCAAGUGCGACAACCGCCUCUUCCGCGUCUGCUUCGAGCCCGUCGGCCCCACUCCGCGCCACCCCUUCCUGCGCGCGCUCUCGCGCCCCAUCCGCUGUGUCUCGCGCGUGCGAGUGCCACGUCAGCUGCCGCACCGGUGGGGCCCCGAGUUUCUGUCAAAGCACGAUUUGGCAAUUUUGCCAGAGUCUCCGGGCGCGCGGAAGAAGCGGCGGCUGAACGGGGGCGCGUCACCCGCGGGCGCGUUUGACCUGGAGUUCUUUGGCAAGGAGGAGGGGCUCAGCUUUUUGGACGCGGAGAUUCAAAAGUCCGCCCUAGCACUGAUGGGGGGCCAGCCCCGAGAGCCCCCCCCAAGCGCGCAAAACGGCUCAGCCCCUGCUCAACGAGAGCCGAUUCACACCGAGAACGGCGGCUUCCAGGACCAGGUGGUGUACAAAUACUCGCUGGAGAGCAUGGCCAGCCGGGGGGAGUUCCUGAAAGCGGCCGUGAAGAAGCGCAGCGAAGCGGACCUGGCGCACUUUGCGGAGCGGGUCGCGCAGUGCACGGGGUGCCGGCACAACGGGUACCAAAUAGCCAUCUCCAAGCGGUUGCUCCAAGACGGCGACGACCUGUGGGAGCGCGCGGAGGCUGCGCACUACCCCGUGGUCCUGGGGGAGCUGCUACGAGACGUCGAGCACGAGUUCCAGCGGCUGACCGGGGCCACGGAACGGGCCUUCUCCGAGAGAGACCGCGCCUUCCUGAAACACGUCAUCGUGCGUGGCACCCACUACUGCAGCCGCACCGAGUUCGAGCGCCUCUGGCACUGGCUCUACCCGGUCGCGCUAACCCUCGCUAACCCCCAGUUACGAGAACUUUGGGAGAGCGGGGACCCGUGGAUCGCUGGCUUUCUGACACGUGGCGAAGCGGAAGUCUUAUUAGCACCGCAUCCCGAGGGUACCUUUCUGCUGCGGUUCGGACCGUCAAGGGUGUGGCCGCACCCAGACGCGGGAGCGCUCGUGGCUAGUGUGGUUGCGACCGGGGGGGAAGUCGUGCAUCGGUUGCUGACGAUCGACACCGGGAUGCUGUCCCCCGAGCUAGCGGACGAACGGCCGCCCCUGAUGGUCGAACUCUUGGCUCAGCCGGAGCUCAGAAUACUCUACCGGCCAGAAGAGGUUCUUCGAAUCGAAGGAGCCCCUGCUGAAGAGACUCAAGCCGAACAUCCGCCCUCUGAAACGGUCUGAUCAGAGAAUCUUCCUAAAUGUCGGAGGUUAUGAGGCGAAAGUGUUCAACCCGAACGCCUUGUGUCUCGUGUUUUAGCAGCCUGCGCAUUCACUGUACAGAUUCCGAGACAAACUGAAUAGAAAGGCUCAAACUUCAUUUGUGCAGAUCCUUGUCCAUAACGCCCUUGCAUUGUGCCUCCUUGCAUAAUGCGAAACCUUGUGCCACUCUCACCCAUCGCACAAG